UCCUCGCACAAGUAAAUGAUCAUACGACUGUCUUCUCCUGCAGAACAUCUUCUAUGCUACCCAGACCAGGCUUGAAUACAUAAACAGUCAACUCAUUUCUACUUGUUCCCUACAAAAUAUCUUCUCAAAUCUACACUUUCAAGCUUGCAUGCUACCCCAGAACAUAUAUAGAGUCCCUCGUUUUUGCCGAUCGCCGCACCUAUUGAAAUGUCAGCAGCAACCGGAAAGGAUCCAGUCAAGGCGUUGUGGCUUGAGCGCUUAAGCUCCUCUCUAAGGACCGCUUUGGCAUGCACCAUAGUUGGUUGCACCACCCUCUAUGGCCCUGCAAGACUCAGGCACUUUCUUGCAUAUCCGGCCUUUUCUUAUGUGACAGCAAUCCUAAUUGUCUCGGAUGCUACUCUUGGUGACACUCUUAGAGGCUGUUGGCAUGCACUGUAUGCUACUAUCCAAGUAAUGAUCCCCUGUAUACUGACCUUUCAAGUGAUUGGACCAGCCAGGUUCAGUAAUGGCCUGGCAGCAGUGGCAGUGGCCAUCACUACCUUCAUGGUGGCGCUGCCAGAAUCAACUCCCUUGAUGGCUAAGCGGAUUGCAUUUGGGCAGGCUGUGAUUGUGUAUGUAGGCGCAGCUAUCCAUGGUGCAGAAGAAGGAGUAGUCACGCACCCAAUUCAUGUGGCUUCAAGUACAGCCUUGGGAGCAUUAGCUUCUGUUUUGGCCAUGCUGAUUCCAUACCCUUGGCUAGCCUACUGCAAGGCUAGGAAAACGUGCAGACUGUAUGUUGAAAAUGCGUCAAAGAGAUUGAAUAUCUAUGUAGAGGGCUUAACAGCCCAAAACAAGCAAGCUGCAGCCGACUUGCUUUCCCACGCAAAGUUCCUCUCAGUAACAGGAGCCAAGCACCUUCAAACUAUCAAAGAUACUCGACGAGGGAUGGCAUGUGAGAAACCACAAGUCAGAAAGCUUAACCCAGGAGAAAAUUUGCAAGACAUCGAAAUACUAAUGAAAGGCGUGGAAAUUGCUCUUGAUUCAUGCCCUUCUUUUCCUGUUAGCAUGAUAGAUGAAGGGAUCAAGCAAGCGUUACUCGAUAUGAAAGAAAAAAUAGGCCUAAAGCUGCAGAACGCCAAGUGCUUAGCUCCUUUUGAUGCAACAACAGCUCCGGAAGCAGAGGCUGGAGAAAGUUAUGUUUUGGCCCCAAAAAUUGGUGGCGCAACGCAGGCAGACCUACCAGCUUUCUUCUUUUUGUAUUGCCUGGAACUCCUCUCGAGGGAAUUGCCUGUUGGUCAAAAUCCAGAGUGCAAUUCAGAGAACACCAACAAAACUGAUACUAGAGAUGUAACCAGUAAAAGAGAUCAAGAGAAGGCAAACCUUAGAAAGACUUGCGAUUUCUCAACUAUAAAAUUACCAAACAUGGAGAGGUGGACUCUUGCAACCAAGUGUUCACUUUCUAUGGGUUUUGCUGUGCUAUUCGGUUUGAUAUUCAACAAAGAAAACGGGUAUUGGUCAGGACUCAUCAUUGCCACCAGUUUUGUCACGGAAAGACAGGCAACUUUCACAGUUGCGAAUGCUCGUGGGCAAGGGACAGCGAUAGGAUCGGUUUAUGGGAUCCUGUGUUGCUUCAUUUUCCAAAGAUUUGUGGACUUACGGUUUCUACCUCUUCUUCCAUGGAUCAUUUUCACCAGUUUUCUAAGGCACAGCAGGAUGUAUGGCCAAGCCGGCGGGAUUUCAGCUGUGAUCGGAGCAUUAUUAAUCCUGGGUAGGAAAAAUUAUGGCCCUCCAAACGAGUUUGCAACUGCAAGACUCGUAGAAGCUUGCAUAGGAUUGAUUUGCUUCAUUAUGGCAGAGAUUCUAUUGCAACCCGCGAGAGCUGCAACUCUAGCAAAGACUGAAUUUGCGUGGAGCUUGAGGGCACUCCGAGAUUGCAUUGACGAUACAUCCCAGCUUUGUGCCGGCCAAAAGAGUGCGUUGUCAUCUUCGAUUCCAGCAUUACGAAGAAAGCAUCAAGAGGUGAAAUCCCGCAUCAACAACCUGGAGAAAUUCAUUGCUGCAGCCGAGUCAGAGCCUAACUUCUGGUUCUUGCCUUUUUAUGGUGCUUGUUAUCGCAAAUUACUGGUUUCUUUAAGAAAGAUGGAGUGCCUCUUGUUGUUCGUGGCCAUUGAAAUCGGAACUCUAUCACAAGUAUCAGAUAGGUUACAAGUACUCAUCAACAAUUAUCUACUUCCUUUGGGGGGGAAAGUAGGCUUCUCAUUGAAAUGUAUUGAAGAGUUGAUUUCGAUGAAUUCCUUGGCGCUACUGGAAAGGGGGGUGCAAAAGAUAAGCACAUUUCAUGAUGACAUGGAGCUAGGAAAAUCAUCACCAAGUGCAGAUGUAGUAUUUAGGACUUCGAGUCUAGAUGAAGAAGAAGUUGAGAAUUCCAUUCCCCAACAUUCAAAAGAAGAAGCUUACAGUAUUGAAAAACGCGAAGGUGCACAGGAGCUCAAGAGCCGGUUGAUCCUUCGCAUAUACAGCCUAGAGUUCUGCAUCAGUAGCCUGAUAAAAGAAACACGAGAGAUUGAGAAACAAGUGAAAGAAUUAAUUACAUGGGAGAACCCAGAAAGUCAAUUUUCCACAAAAGAAGGAUCCCACGGCGGCGGUUGAUGAUUAGCGUUGACCCAUCCUUCUAAUGCAGUUUCUAUUUGCUGCAAUCCUGUCCAUAGAAAAGCCAUAUUUUUAAUCCUUGCCACCAGAAUUCCUAGCAUAGGAGUAUCCUUGUAUUAAAAAAAAACAGAGAAGAUUUUCUACAUGAUUUGUUUAUAA